AUGUACAGGCCUCCAAAGCUCACGGGCAAAUCGAGCCGAUCGUUCAACGACCCGAGACUGAAACGACUGCUCCUGGUAGACAGUACACAGCAAUCGCCCAUCCAGCCCGAUCAUCACCAGGCAUCAUCAAAGUCCAUUCGAUAUCCGAGUCCCAAAGCAUCCUCCAACAUCAACAACAGCGCAGAGCCACACCAGAACAAGAGACCCACCUCCCGAAGCCUCUAUGCCCACGCCCUCAUGGACCGCAUCUGGAACGGCUACCGGCGGCAAGCCAACAAGGGCAGCGUGACGCUGUUCCGGCUGCUGCGGCCCAACAUCCUGGCCGUGGCGCGCAAAAUGUACGGCGAGGACGGCGUGGCCGACGUCGUCUACGGCCGCCACAAGGACACGGCCUACGUGCUGAUCCAGCUCGCGCGCGAGCCCGAGGGCGCCGAGGGCCACGCCUCGGACGAGUUCAUGGCGCUCAAUGCCAACUUUUACGAGGUCCUCAAGGACGGCCAGGCCGGCGAGGCCGACGUGAUUGCCGCCAUGUCCCCCUGGGUCGUGGCCAAGGAAGGGUUGGCUGGGGCCAGUCUGGUUGACUUGUAUGAAGUUCAAGUCCACCACCCCAUCAGCGGACGGCUGUUAGUGGGGCCCAUCGAGAAGCAGAAGAGGUUCAUGGGGCUAUAA